ACUACCAGGUGCCGCGCGCGUCGGAAAAUUUAAAAAUAAACAAAUCCCGAAAUCGAUUUUCCUAAUUUUUCGUUUUCCAGGACAAUAACAAGCAACACAGAAAUGAUUCUUAAGAUAUUAUGGCUCUUUUUUCCCGUAAUUGUCUGUGCCAAAGACUACAACGUGUUAAUGAGCGAGGUUUUCGAAAUAACCAUCGAUCCAACUAUGUUCAACUGGACGUACGAAGGCAGAAAAGAUCAAUUCGUCUACGAAGCGACCCUAGCUAAUUCUCCAGACUUACCGUCUUGGAUUCAUUAUAUUUACAGCGAAAAACAUCACUGUGGCUUUUUGUAUGGCGUUCCUCCUAACAGAAAUCAACCUAUUGUUCCCCUAGAAGUAGUAGGAUUAAAUAAAGUUGACUAUGAUACAAGGAUCGAGAAUAUAAAUAUAGUGAUUCAGGAAAAACUUGGCCCUGCUACAUACGAGGUUCAUAUGAAAAUUGAUAAUUUGAAUGUGGAUGAUAUGUUUGAAGUAGAUAGAAUGGAGUCUUUGAAAGAGAUUUUCAGAUCACAGUUAUGGAAGGAUUCUGAAGAAGACCUCUAUGUGACAUUUUUAGAGAGUGCCAUUGAUAUGGGGGCUAGAAAACCUGCAAACCCUGUUGAAGGAGAAGGAGUGAUCGUAAGACUAGGGAGUGAAGUAAGUUUUUCAUCUGAAUUAUUACAAUUACAAGAAGAAAUACGGCCUUUGUAUAAAGUCCAACCCUGUCCAAGAAACUAUAAGAGGACUUCUGUGGAAAGGUUCUUCAGGGAUGUUGGAUUUACAUUGGAUUGGUGUUCAUUUAGACUUAUUCAUAAAGAAGAAAAUAAUAAUUCUGCAAUGCACAAGUCCACUAUUGGACAUCUAAAUGAUGAUUUCAAUGACGAAUGGAUACCAAUUUCGAGACAUAGCUUGCCACUUAGGAGUUAUAAUAAUGAAUUAAUUAUUACUAUAACUGUACCAAUGGUUCUCAUGUUAAUACUGGUAUUUGUAUUGACAUUUAUUCUGUGUUUGCAACAUGACGAUCUGACUGAUGAAUACAGCGAAUUUUUCUUUGAUAAUUUGUACCAUAUCUGUAUAGAUUGGUUUAGUAGUGGUGAAAGGAUUGAACUGUCAGAACACAACGGAAUAAUAUCCAAAAAUUCUCCAUUUCAACACCUGUCGCUGUCAAAUAAUACCCUGGGACACGAAUACUCUGACAGUCCGAAUUCUACCAUAAACAGGGGGGUGCACUGUCGUCCAAGUCCCCCACCGUAUGUCAGACCAAAAUUCAAGCCGGAGAUUUGACAAAAUGAUGAGAAAACUAGCAACGGAAAGACUUGGUAUUGCUGAAAAGUUCACAAGAAAAAUGUUUGCUGAGCUUUGUAGGAAUUAACGUAGUAAAGUGCGUAAUAAAUAAUUGGGUAAUACUAGUAGAGCAAUUGUCAAUGAUGCAAUAAAAAAAUAUUGACGAAAUAAUGAUGCUAGUCAUAAAAAUACUCUGUAUGUAUUUUAUAUAGGUACUUAUUUAUUGUAUU